ACAGGUUGGAGUUGUCCUAAAGACUGGUUAUACUUCAACGGCUCAUGCUAUCGAGCUCAUGACACGAAACUGUCUUGGUUUCACGCAAGAGCCGCUUGCCGGGAAAACGGAGGAGAUCUGCUCAGCAUAAACUCUGAUGGAGAGCAGCAGUUCGUGUACCAACGCAUGGCAGUUAAUAAAACUUUCUGGAUCGGCCUGGUAAAAGAUAAAAACUCUCUAAGUUUCCUCUGGUCGAAAGGCGAGGAGCUCGCUUAUCUGAACUGGAUUCCUAGAGAGGGAAACAUUUCUGGUGAUGAGGACUGCGGUGAGAUGACAGACUAUGGUUCAUUUCACGGCCAGUGGAACGACAAUAGCUGCUCCAAGAAACAGCCAUAUAUCUGUGAAAAAGGUUAGGUAAAUCAUUCACCUCAAGCACUUAGUAGUAUGAAACACUACCUUUUUCUUAUAGAGAAGACAAUUAUGGUAAUUUUUCUGAUGGCAAGCUUUCAGUUUUGACUCCCGGGAUUUUGCGGUUGAUCUAGAAAGCUUAUACAAACGUAGUAACUGAUCAUAUGAAAAACAGAAAGUAAUCAUGCUUUGGGCACUCGUAUUUUCCCGUGCGUCACGCAGUUCACCUGCUCCCUUACUUGGGAUAGUUCCCUUUCAUCUGAUUGGUGUUUCUAAUUAACUUUAUUCUGGUAUUGAGACACUUAAUCGAAACGGACACACGAGAACGAGAGAUGGAAAAUAAGAAGUAAACACUUUGUUUUGUCAUUGCCCUUGGUAACUUAGCCACAGUGAGAAACAUUGGUGCUAAAUUGAACUUGAAUCAGUCGGGAUUCGGGUUUCUGUAGAUGAAUAACGGGUUCGUGAAAAAAUUCUAAAGAAACUGUGGUGCUGCGUCGGUGGUAGAGUAUAACAAGGUCAGUUGGUAUUAAAGCUGACGUUUCGAGCGUCAGCCCUUCGUCAGAGCGUUAUGGUUACUUUUAUUUCUUGUAUGUAGGUAAACAUUAUAUUUGUUGAUCAAGUCUCGAACUUGGUCCUAGUAAAAAUAAAAAAAACAGGGAAAAGCAAAGGUAGUAGUAAGGUAGGUCGAAACCAACGAAGAAUCUGUUAACCUUUUUACACCCCAGAUUUGAUUGUUAAUUCUCCCCUCUAGCUGCUACACAUUUUCUUGUAAAUUAGUUACAAGAAUUUGGUGCUAGAUCAAGAUAUCAACACUACCUGAUGCAUUUGAGUAAUUUUGUUACCUUUUUGCUAGAUAGUGGUUGGAUAUUGUAGGGAGAAGUUACUUGUUAAUCACUUCUGGGAGUUAAAGGGUAAAUGGGAAAAGGACGUUCAUCCUAAAUGCUGAUUAGUAACGAAAUAACAUUUUGUAUCGAAACAGAUGCAGCAAACGGAAGAUAUUUCAAGAGAUCACCGAACACCCAGCUGACUAAGCAUGUGAUUCAUCAGUUGGUAGUACAAAGUGACAUUGAAUGUUUGCUUUGGUGUCGACGCUAUCAGAACUGCACAUCAGUUAAUUACAGACCAGGGGAAGCGCCAUCAACGAGCCUUUGUGAGAUAAAUGCUGCCAUCGCAAAUGAGUUUCCUGGAGAUGUGGUCGAGAGUAAGGAAUUCGAUUAUUACGAGGCUUUAGGUUGA